GUAUUGAUAGGCGUAUAUUUCAUGUUGCCGUAUUAAUUGUUGUUAUGCACAAGGAACUUUGAACAGAAUCGGAUUUAAUUUCCAUUAGCAUGUGUUAAAAUCAAUAUUACUGCCGGUCAUGAACCUAUUAUCAUCAGAAUAGCAUCCUCAACAAUGGAUGAGAAAAUACAGACGUGUAUGACAGAAGAAAACAUCAUUAAAAAAUUAUUAAAAGCUAUUUCACUCACAGAAUUCAAUAUAAACACUACUGAUGAGGAAGAUAGAACUUUAAUGCAUUUGGCUUGUCAAAUGGGAAUGGAAAAACUAGUAGAAACUCUACUACUACAUGAUGCACAAAUAAAUCUUAAGGACUGUUUUGGCAGAACACCAAUUAUGUUAGCUUCUUAUGCUGGUUAUAAAAACAUAGUUGAUAUGUUAAUAAAAUAUAAUGCUGAUGUUAACUGCCAUGAUGUUUAUGGUUUUAACAUACUUACAUUGGCUAUUUAUGGUGGAUAUAGCAUGAUGGAAUAUUUGCUCAGUAAAAAUUUUAAUUAUGAGUCUAGCAAUAACUAUCUUGGUCACAUGCCUUUACUUGCCAUUAUUGCUUCAAUUGGAAAUGAAGAGUUAAUGAAAUUAAUUAUUUCACAUAAUCCUGAACAAUUAAACGCUGCUAUAGAGAAAUCAGGCAUGACACCCUUGAUGCUUGCUAUAUGUGGUGGUUACAUCACAACAGCGAAAAAACUUAUUUCCCAUGGUGCCAAUUGUAAAUUGACUAGCAAGGCUUCAUUCUCUUCAAUAUGUUAUGCUCUAAAGCUUUCAUUCCCACUCUUAGAACUUAAAAUACCUGAAUUAACACUUGAAAAUGAAGCAAAUCAAUUGAGUUUGCCUCCGUUGCCAUCACACCCCCUUACACCUACUUUAUGUUUUUCUCCUAUAAAAAAAGUUUCAUCUCCUAAAAAAUAUAUUCAUCUAAUAAAAAAAACAAUGAGAGCUAAGAGGUCAAGAUCCUUAGAUAAUAAAAAGAAACAAAAUGUUACUAAUAAGAAUAAUGAUGAUGCUAGUGUAUUAAAGUCAAUUUUUGAAAUAGCAAAAUUACAACAGUAUUGGCCGAUUUUUAAAGAGCAACAGAUAAGUUUUAGAACAUUUUUAACAAUGGAUGAAGAAGAUCUUCGUUGUAUUGGAAUAAACAAAUCAUCAAUCCGAAACAAAUUUUUAUCUAUCAUUGAACAUUAUAACCACAUAUUCUAUUUGUAAAAA